GAUGACUUCGAGAUGGCCGACGUGCCGAACGGCACGACGACCGUGUCGACGCCGGGAGAGUGCGGCGACGGCGACGACAUGCAGAACGGCUCCGUGCUCGGCGUCGAGUCGAUGGGACCGUCGCAUCCGCGCAACGCCAUCUCUGAGUGGCAGGCAGGCUGGAACGUCACCAACGCAAUCCAGGGCAUGUUCAUCGUCAGUCUUCCUUACGCCGUACUGCACGGCGGCUACUGGGGCAUCUUCGCGAUGGUCGGCGUCUCGUACAUCUGCUGCCACACGGGCAAGAUCCUCGUCGACUGUCUGUACGAGGAAGACCAGUACGGCGUCAAGCACCGCGUGCGCGACAGCUACGUCGCCAUCGCCGAGGUCGCGUGGGGCAAGCGCGUCGGCAGUCGCAUCGUCAACAUCGCGCAGAUCAUCGAGUUGCUGAUGACGUGCAUUCUGUACGUGGUGCUGUGCGGCGACUUGAUGAUCGGCAGCUUCCCGGACAGCUCGAUCGGCAUCGCCUCGUGGAUGACGAUCGCUUGCACGCUGCUGCUGCCCUGCGCCUUCCUCAAGCACCUCGGCGCCGUCUCGUGGCUGAGCUUCUGGUGCAGCAUGGUGCAUCUCGUCAUCAACAUCAUCAUCCUCGGCUACUGCUUCUCGCGCGCCGGCGAGUGGGACUGGAGCAGCGUGAAGGUGAGCAUCGACAUCUGGACGUUCCCGAUCGCGCUCGGCAUCGUCGUCUUCAGCUACACGUCGCAGAUCUUCCUGCCGACGCUCGAGGGCAACAUGACGCGUCCGGACCGUUUCACGUGCAUGCUCAACGUCAGCCACGUCGCCGCGGCCAUCUUCAAGGCCGGCUUCGGCUGGCUCGGCUUCCUCACGUUCGGCUUCGCGACGCAGGAGGUGAUCACGAACAAUCUUCCGACGCCGAGCUUUAAGGCCGUCGUCAACAUGAUUCUCGUUGUCAAGGCGCUGCUCUCCUACCCGCUGCCGUUCUACGCCGCAGCCGAACUGCUCGAGACGGCGCUCUUCAACGAGAAGGCUGGCACGUGCUUCCCGUCCUGCUACCGCGACGACGGCGCCUAUAAGAUCUGGGCAAUCUCUCUGCGCAUCCUACUCGUCGUCUUCACGCUCGUCAUGGCCGUGUCCGUGCCGCACUUCGCCAUCCUGAUGGGACUCAUCGGUAGCUUUACGGGAACGAUGCUGUCGUUCGUCUGGCCGUGCUACUUCCACAUGCGGCUAAAAUGGAACACGCUCGGAUGGCUGACGGUGAUGUUCGACGCUUUCAUCAUCUUUCUCGGCUUCUGCUGCGGAACAAUAGGCAUCUACUACUCCGGUUACGCUCUCAUAGUUGCGCUAAAGUAUUACUAGCAUGUAAUUAUCGUGUAUCCCGUAGUAAUAAUAAUAAUAAUAAUAAUAAUAAUAAUAA